ACCCAUGUCACCCACCGGGAUGUAGAAAUAAGAUGCCCCCGCGCUAUUUCUUCUGUUCUAGUAUUAGUUUAUUCAUAUGGUUGGUGUGGGUUGGCAUCAUUGCUAGCAAAAUCGUAGUCUCCGGGUUUUGAACCGGCAAUGGCUCUGAUGAGUUGCUGAACUAUUUUCUGUAUCCACGAAACUCCAUGAAGGCAGAGGGGAGGGGAGGGAAGAAACAGUGUCAAUUAUGAUCUGAUCAAUCUUGAGGGAAUUCCGGCGCAGCGAUGAUCGAAUUAACUGCGGUUGCUACGGUGGCGGCGAAGAUCACGCCUAAGCUCGCCGGUUUCUUUCUGAGAAGACGGAGGCUGCUGGCGGAACUGGAGCAUGACAUCGAACACAUCCAAAGGGAGUGUUCGAUCAUUGCUGCCGCCAUCACAGAUGAUCGUAAUCAUCAGCAUGCGAGCGACGCCGCCGUGGCACAUCAGGAAUGGAUCAAGAUCGUGCGUGACUUGGCGUACGACAUUGAUGACUGCAUCGACCGCUUCAUACACCGCGUCUCGACGGCGACCGUCGCGGACGCGGGGUGGAUCCGUCGGAAAGCUCACCGGGUGAAGACAGUGCGGGCCCGUGGCAAGUUUGCCGCGGCAAUCGCUCGUCUCAGGAAGCGGUCUGACGAGGCAUCGGAGCUGAGAAAGAAGUACACCGAUCUAGCGUAUGGAGAUGGCCGGGCCACCGCCGUCUUUGAGUCACGGGCACCUGAGGCCAAGCCGGAACCGGAGCCGGAGACGUACACAGAUAGCCCCGUCGGCAUGGAAGCGCCCGAGGAGGAGCUCAUGGAGCUGAUAAGGGGAACUUCGACGCAAGGUGAAGAACCCAAGGAGAAGCUCAAGGUGAUUUCCAUCGUGGGAUUCGGUGGUAUCGGCAAGUCUCAACUUGCCAAGCGUGUGUACGACACACUUGACGACGAGGGGCAAUACCAAGCACGGGCUUGGGUUCGAGCUGCAGAGAAAGGCCCAGAAGAUCUUCUCCAAGCAAUAUUGCAGGAACUUGGGACGCAUACCACCACCAUUAGCGCAAGCUCCAGCAACAGCAAGCUCUGUGCAACCAUACAAAAGCGCCUUGGGACACAGAGGUUCUUCAUUGUAAUCGAUGACAUGCGGGAAGACUUUUGGGUCGAUAUAAAAGAUGCUUUCCCUGUUAUUCCUGGGGUCGACAGUAGAGUGCUCGUCACGACGGCCAGGCAGACCAUAGCAAUGAAAAGCAGCAGUCGUGAUGGUCAUGUGUACGUAAUGAGAACUCUUGCCGACGAUCAUUCAAGACAACUGUUCUGUGAGGAAGCUUCCUUGGUGUAUCCACCAUCAGUCGGUGAUACGAAGCUGAGUUCAGAGGUAAUAAAGAGGUGUGAUGGUCUGCCCCUUGCUCUUGUUACCACAGGACGGCUGUUGCACGGUGAAUCCAGACAGGAACAAUGGGCAGAUCUGGGAGGAAACCUUGGCGAACAUCUGGAGAACAAUAAGAAGUUAGCAAGUAUGAAUAGUGUGCUCAUCCGUAGCUACAGCGGCCUAAGUAAGCAACAUAUCAAGACAUGCUUGUUAUAUCUUGGUAUUUACCCAAGUGGCCGCCCGAUCAGGAGAGGAAGCCUGAUAAGGCGAUGGUCUGCUGAAGGUUUCAUCAAAGCAGAGCAUAAACGCAGUGCCCGGGAGGUCGCUGUUGCCAAUUUUAGUGAGCUGGUCGACUGGAGCAUCAUCCAGCCAAUUGAUGCCAGCGGCAGCGGCAGAGCCGAGGUGAAGGCAUGCCAAACUCACGGCAUAAUGCUCGAGUUCCUCCUGCACAAGUCCAUGUGUGAGAAUUUUGUUACCUUGUUGUACGAUGAUGUUCCCCCACCCAGUAAAGUUCGUUGGCUCUCUCUGCAUAAUGGAAGUGCUGCAAGCUCCAGAAUUAAUCCAAAUGAUGUACCCUUUCUUCGUUCUCUGACAAUCUUUGGCAAAGCCCACAAAUCUGUCUUGAAUUUUUCCAAGUAUAAACUGAUGAGAGUUUUGGAUUUAGAAGAGUGCCAUGAACACAUGGAGGACAAGCAUCUCAAGGGGAUAUGCAGCAAUCUGGUGCUACUCAGGUACCUAAGCCUCCGGGGCGCUUCUAAAAUUACAGUUCUCCCCAAAGAGGUCAAGAAGCUUCAACUUUUGGAGACACUUGAUGUAAGAGGAACAAAUAUAGAUAUUCUCCCCACACAAGUCAUGCAACUACAAAGUUUACUUCAUCUGUUUGGAAAGUUCAAGCUCCCACAAGAUGUAGGAGGCCGGAAAAUCCGUAAGCUACAGGCUUGGUUGCAAGAGGAAGAGAACAGUAAACUGCAAACUGUAGCAGGAUUUGUUGUGGAUGACAAGAGCCAGGGAUUUGCACAGCUGAUGGGUGAAAUGAAGAAACUGACGAAGGUGAAAAUAUGGUGGGAGUCUACCACCGAUGCCAGCAGCUACUUAAGUCAUCUCUCAGAGGCCAUCAAGGAGUUCAUCGACAGAGGCACCGAUCAGAACAAAGCUCGUUCACUCUCAAUGAACAUGAACGGUGCAUGGUCUCAAGACUUGCUGAAUUUCUCCCUGGAAAAUGACUCAUCCUGCUAUGUUAGCUCGCUCAAACUGCAAGGAAACAACAUAUCCAACCUGCCUCCCUUUGUUAGCAUGCUAGGUGGACUCACUAAGCUUUGUCUUUCAUUCUCUCAUCUUCAGCUGAGCAGUGGCAUUCUUGAAGCCCUGAACAGCGUGAGCGGCCUGAAGUACCUCAAGCUGAAUGCAACUCGACUGGACAAUCUCGUCAUCAAAGAGGAUGCACUCGGAAGCCUGAAACGCCUAUGCAUCGUGGUAGAAGUCAUGACUGGGCUGGUAAUCGAAGAAGGUGCUCUGCCAGACCUUGAGUCCCUCCAGCUUAUAUGCAAGGAUCUGGAUGGCUUUAGCAGCACAAGGAUCCAGUCCCUGCCACGUCUUAAGGAGGUCGCCCUUCAUGAUGGUGUGAGCGAAGGAACAAAAGAGGAAUGGAAAGGAGCAACAAAGAACCACUCCAGGCAUCCCAAGCUCUUGUUUGUCACGAAACAAAUGGUUGAUGACCAUUUUAAACCGAUGGGAACUGAGGCUGCUCCGGAAAUUAGCCCUGAAGCGACAGCUGUUGACGCGAUGGUUGUGGGAAGUGAGCCUGUAGAGAAUUCUGAGAGCUCUGGGGCACCACCUACUGAUACCGCAUUAUUGGUUACAACGCAGCCCACCACUAUUUCUACUCAAGAAUCUGUACAAGUUGUUACUUCUGAGAUGGUUGAUGCCCAGGACCUGAUGGGAACUGAGUCUGCAAUGGAAACUAGUCCUGUGGCAACAAGUACUGAUACGACCAAAAAGAUUGAUGUGGAAAGUGAGCAUGCGUUGAAUUCUGAGAGCCUAGUAGCACCACCUACUGAUAUGAUGUUAUCAAUGACAACGCCAUCCGAUGCCAUUUCUACUGGAGAGUCUGUACAACUUAACGGUGGUUGCCAACAUAAUGACGAGGGGAAAGAUCUGGAUAACAUUGAGGACCCAAAAGAUUUUGCUACAGAAAAUGGUCUGAGCACUCAGUUGAUAAAUCACAUGAGCAAGGAAUGUUAUAAAGUGGAGAUGGAAGGAGUGGCAUGUUUAGAGGAUCUGCAUAUGAAAGAUGGCAUCCAGGUCGGAAGAAUCGGUGUGGGACACAAUCGCGUGGACGUCGAGUUGAGUGCUCGGAAUCGGCGAGAUUGUACUUGGGCAUCGCGUGGGAAGCUUGGUUAUUUUUUCACAGAGUCAGCCGUACAAAGAACUAUGGCGUCAAUGGAUACCAGGUUUAAGCCGGAGAAGUUUAAUGAAACUGAAAACCUUGGGUUAUGGCAGAUAUGGAUGAAAAAUUUGUUGGUGCAACAAGGAUGCUUGAAGGCGCUGCGGAAAGUCAUAAAAUUUGGGAGCCUUGAGCGUGUCAUACAGUCGGAUAAGUUUGGCUGGGUCAGACUAGACAGUCUGACGGAUCGACUGGGGGUUGAGUGGUAUGGUUUCGCGACCCUUGAGACCCGACCAGGACAGCGGAGGCUCGACGCGGUAAUAGCGGCGAGGCGUGCGUCUCAGACAGGCGGUCAAGAAAGGAGCGGUGAUGUUGAGUUCAGGUCUGAUCAGUGUGUGAUGGCGUUGGAUGGAUACUCUGAAAGUUGGGAGCGCAAACUAGAGAAAUGUGGAACUAAAUUUGGCUCGAGCGUUGACUGUGGUCAAGAAAAGAAGAGACUACAAGUUGCAGGUGGAGUCAUAUGGAGUUUUUGGAGUAGCAGCGAUAUUCGUGGGAUAAGCUCAAGUCCAAUGUACAUGGAAGUUUGACGCAUUGACGAAUUCAAGGUGGUGGAGAAUAUUCGCCAAGUUGGAGUUUGUUAGAGUUGUGUCGAAUAUAGUGUACAAGGUAGGUUACAGUUGGACAUUUAGUUGUACUGUGUUUAGAUAGGAUAUGGAGUCGUGUCCUAGUAGGACACUUAUAUCCUAGGCCUCUUAUAUAUAGCGGGGGUAGACACAUGAUGUAACAUAUGCCAGCAUAAUAGCAAAGGAACGCAGGGGAAUCCGGCGGCAUAUGCCGGCGUCCAGGACGACCGGGUGCGGUAUUGUAGCGGUGUCAUGGGAGGAGCGCCCAUAAUCAGGCCCCGGGGAUGUAGCCAUGAUGAUGAACCUCGUUAACAAAUUUUGAUGUCAU